AUGAUUAGAACUUCGGCCAAUCAGUUCGUAGCUGAUGUUCGCAAACUUUUGCCCCAAUAUGAAACCAGCGAAAUUAUUAACAUAAAUCAAAGUGGAAUCCAGCUCGAAUUACACUCUAGUCGAAUAUUAAGCCACGAAGGAGAGAAAGUUACAGUCGGAUCUGUACGCUCUAUAAAUGCCACCACUCGUAGUUAUACUGUAAAGCUAACAAUCACACUCGACGGUCAUCUUCUUUCGCCGCUUUACCUCUCCUUGAAAGAGCCCAAAGGACACACGAGCGAGAAUAUCCGCUUGCAUCUUUUCAAUGCGUCGAAUGUGGUGAUCACCUGCAGUAGUUCUGGAAAGCUCACAACAUCUAUGGUUGAGUACUGGCGCGAUCAUGUGCUCCUGUCAUCACUGGAAAACAUCAGAAGCUUCCACUCAUCUCGGACUGUUGGGGUGAACAGACUGAUGGAAAGGGAUUAUACGAUCAUAUCCCCGGGUGCACAAGGCUUUAAAUACCAAAGAAAACGACGGAUUCCUCGUCGAUUAUACGAUCGCGUGCUGGUCGAUGAGCUUGACGUCAACAUGAGUGAACAAAAUAACAUCAUACGUCUCAUAUCUCUGACGCAUAACCAACUCUCGUCCGAAGUUUUUCGUCCAAUGACUCGAUACGCUUGGUACGCCAGUGGCUACACAGACAAUCAUCAUGGGUCCUUCGAAACUGUGGCUGGAGUGUGUUUUUUCUUUGACGCGACGAUAUGUGCCACGUUUUCAUGCGAUGUAGCCCCUUUCAUCUGCUGUAGCUGGUGUGAUAAGCCACUAUGUUUCAAUCACUUUUUUCUGAACUAUCAUUUUCAUUGGUUCCCUUUUGUG